CGUAUGAUGUAAAUUUCCCUGUUAAUUACUUAACUAUGAUAGAAUGCCGUGAUGGAUCAGGACAAGUUCAUCGGAGGAACAGAUACGACGUCCACGCUUUUGGAAUGGGCAAUGUCGGAGCUGAUGAAGCACCCCAGGGUGAUGAAGAAGCUGCAGGAGGAGGUCAGAAGAGAAGUUGUUGGUGAAGGUGUCAUUAUUUUUGAAGCUAAUUUGCACAAUCUGGAGUACCUGAAGCUAGUAAUCAAAGAGACGAUUCGAUUGCACCCGCCAGUCCCGCUGCUACCUCCAAGGCAAUUGAUGCAAGACGCGACCAUAAUGGGCUACGAUGUUUCGGCAGGAACCAUGAUCCUAACCAAUGCCUGGGGGAUCGGAAGGGACCCGUCCGAUUGGGGGGAAUCGCCUGACGAGUUUCAGUCGGAGCGAUUUCUACAAACCAAAAUGGAUUUCAGAGGCCAAGAUUUCCAGCUGAUACCUUUUGGAGCUGGAAGGCGAUGCUGUCCGGGGAUUUCUUUGGGCCUCGCCGUCGUGGAGGUGGCGCUGGCGAAUCUGGUGAGGGAAUUUGACUGGAAGCUUCCCGGUGGAAUGAGAGGAGAGGAUUUUGACAUGUCUGAGUGUGUUGGUCUUACAGCCCGCCGAGACCUCCCUCUUCUCGCCAUACCCACCAUUGUCUCUGCUCGCCGCCCAACUUAAUUAGUGUUUAGGCUCUUCCCAUUUUCAAUUGUAUCUUCCAAAAUUCCCAUAUAGCUAGGAGAGGUUCAAUCAUGUAUCAUAUAUUAUUUACUAACAUCCUCUCCCCUUCAAACUCAAGCCAUUCAGAUAGGCUUGGAGUUUGAACAAGCACAGGUCCGAACACCGUGUGAUUUAACAGAAACAGAUGGGGUCACCGAGAAUCGAACAGAAGACCUCACGAUCACAGAAGGAUCAUAUCGUUUACUAAAACCUUGAUAUUGGCCAAUGCAGAUCUAAUCUAGUGGUUGUAACCUAACAAUUAGAACCCAAACAUCCAUAGUUUCAAUUGCUUUAGUGACAUGGUGCAACUAGAAAUUUUCCCAUUAUAGUAAGGAUCAACCUUAUUCUCUCUAAUUCUAUCCCUAUCAAUCUGGUGAAAAAAAAAAAAAGUUUAGGGCAAAACCGUGUCGGAGGUGAAUGGUAUUAGGCUAGGAUGCAGGUUGUAAGUUGGAAAUGUAGGCUGGGCAUUUUAGCGACGUUCCGGCCGUUGAAAACGAUGUCACCUUUGUAUCUGAACUUUGCUUUACGAAUUACGACGGUCAGGUCAAACCUCACCGUCGCUAAAAGUUACAGAGGUUUGGUAGACGGUAGAUCAAAAUCGAUUCUAACUAUUUAAGGAUUGUGGAGUAUGUUACGGUGGCCAUAGACAGUCCAUAAAACCUGAAACACUGUCGCUAAAGAUUUUUUUAUUAUUUAUAGUGCUGCUUCAAAAAUUAAAAGUAUAAUAGCUUAAAACAACAAUUACUGUACAUCCAGACUGCUUUUCCUAUUCAUUGUGACUCAAAAUUCCUAUCCAGUUAGUUCUGAUUGGUUGUUGGGCUAUGGUGGACCCUUUGAGUACUCUUGCCGUCGUUUAAACGCUUUUUUCGUUGGGAGUGAUCGGAGACGGGACGAGCAGCAGAAAUAGCUUUUGCUUUUGGUUAGAGUGACCUGGAACGCUAGAGAGAAAAUCGCGUUGGUCACCGAGAUUCUUUGUGGGACCGAUGAUUUUUGGUUUGCUGAUGGAAGCUUCACGGGAUGGGGAUUUCAGUCGCCAAGGAAUUGGAGGGCGAGUGCUUGAGUCUCCUUUUGCAGGUGGGAGUUGUGCCAGGUUCGCGGCUCGAGGUGAUGGAGGUGAUUGGGGUUGUCAUGGAUAUUUGGGGGGGUUUUCUCUCUGGGUUUGAGGGGAUUGAGCGGUCAGAUUGGGAAGUCUGCUCCUUUCUCCACCACAUAUUUCACCUACCCCAAUUGCAAAGAUUGCAAAGAGACGGGUCAAGAGCAAGGGAGAGAACUUGUGGAGAUCAGAACUUUACUUUCUACCCCAUUUUCCUUCUUCUCUCCUCCCGUCUGUUCUCUCUCUUUCUCUCUUCUUUUCUAUGUGCAAUGCAAUUGGUUUCUUUUCUCUUCUCAGGAGAUGGCGGAGUUGAAGCAAUCAAUAGGUUUGAGAGGUCCGGAGAAGAUCCAGACCAGCCGAGAGUGCCUUUGAUUUAAGGUUAUUCAUCCUUUUCUAUGUUAAUCUUGCUUUGCUAUUCUUGCAGUUCCCUUCAUUAUCUUUUUUACUCAUCAUGUUCUCUCUUCCCUCUCAAGUCUCAACUCGCCAGAUUGAACAGUCAUCAGAGAACUGCCGAAUACACAUCGGCGACUAUGACUAUAGUGAGUGUCUCUAUGAAUCCCAGGUAUUUUAUCUCUUUAUUUUCUUAGGUUCAUAUAUGAGUUUUUUAUGGAUUUGAUAUAAGGUUGAUUAUUACUUCCCAGAACUGCUACUAGGUGUAACGAACCCCUCUCAUUUGUAGAUUCGCUGCAAUAAUAGUCGAGGUAAUUGUGGGAUUAAACGGUGAGCUCUCGAUAUCUUAUUCAUGUCAUCGGCUUCACGACUUUAUCCUCUCUAUGUGUUCUAUGGAUUUUGGUUUCAGUUCUCCAGACCUCGGUCAGCAAUGGUCCUAUUUGGUACGUUUCCUUCUCCUAAGAAGUAGUUCUCCAGCUUCCUCUGUGUCUGUUCGGUUAUACUUAUAGGUGAUUGUUCUGAUUCGUUUGUUUUCACUGCAGUUUAAUGGUUUAGUUCUGUCUUUCUCAUCGGUUGAGCUUCUUUGAUUUCUAUAAGGGGAGAUUCAGGCGGUGAGUUCAGUGCCCAAGAUUUGGAAGGUCACAGGUAUAUUGCUAUAGGUGCGUUUUGUUUUUGCUUUUGGGAGAUGGGUAGAAGGCUAGAGAUCGUAUUCUAAUAAUUGAUUCUCCCUCUAUUUUUCCCCUUAUUAUUUCACUUCUCUUUUCUCUGAUUUCUCACAGCUUGCUGUGUUGUCUGCUCUGGACUCUCUUUGGUUAAGUGGUGAUCGAGAGCUAAAUCUCUUCGAUGCCACCGCACCACCUCCAACCUCACACCACGAGCAGGUCUGUAUCAUCUCAAUUUUUCCUCUUCAGAUUCAUAUUAGAGGUGGUAAUUUGUCCUAUUUUCAUCGAGGUGCAGGUGGAAUCGCAUGGGGUUCUAGGUUGAUCAAUGGAUUUGGGGGAUCCAAAGGGUUUGGAAAAAUGAAAAUAGGUAGGUUCAUUUUGGUAGAUGUAAUUGUUGGACUGCUGAGUUUGUUUUCACAAUAUUCUCUUACUUUCUUCAGGUUACUCCAUUUGUCUCCCUUUCUAUUCUGUCCAAACCUGAUGCAAUUAGAUGUUGGGUCAUAGCUUGAUGUCAGGUAGGAGUUCUAUUUGGAUUUGAAAAAGCUCUGGGGAUGUUCCAACAUAUUUUCUUUUAGAUUUGCAAUGAGCCACCCAAAAGAAUUGCUAAUUAGUGGCUACUGGGGAUGUUCAGCAGAUUUAGUUUUCACAUGUAUAGAGCACAACUUUGAUUUGAUAUAUUGGCAAAGUUUAGAGUGAUCUCAAUUAGUUCGUAACUAGACUCAUGUGUUAAUUUAUGAUAAAAUCCAGGAGCCGCAAUUGAAACUGUGCUCAUUUUGUGGUAUCUUAUAUACAGGUGUUUGAACAUAGUUUUUGCUUUUAAAAGGUGGUCUCCUUGAUUUGUAUUUGUAUCAGAAGCUCUUCAAUGAGAAGGCUUGGAAUUAUUUGUUGUGAACAAUUGUACAUGGAUUCAUCCCUCUACUAAUUUUGUGCUUAUAUGGAUUCAUCCCUCUACAUGGAUCAAUCACAUGGGGGUGGCCGCUAUUGCAGGUGUUUUCUCUGGCAUCGUUUCUGCCCGUUUCCCGUCCCUCCUCCUUGGGCGAUUGGGAGAUCGGGAAGGAGCUUCGCUGGCCGACGGUGGACUUGGCGGAGUUGAGUCUUUUUUCCUUUUCCUUUUCUGGUUUUCUGUCGGGCUGGACUUCUGCCCCCCUCGCCCUUUGGCUCUUUUGUUUUUUGUUUCUUCUAGUUUCCCUCGGCGAGGGUCCUUGUAUGCGUAGUUGUACUGGCGCUUUUUCUGUUUUUUCGUUUUAAUCUAUAUCACCCAUAUCAAAAAAAAAAAAAAAAUUUUGUGCUUAUAUGCUAUCCCACGGGUGAUCAGGUUGUACAUUUUCUAAGUAGCUAUGCAUCUAAAUUUUGCAGCACAACCGAACUUCACUUUUUGCUGAUGGAAUUCACUUAUCCUGGGGGCUUUAUAAAUAAAAACAAUGGAAUUACAUCUCUGUGGCUUCUUCAGAUGAAAAAAAAAACAGUCGAUGCUGUAAACCAUGCACUACAUAUAUUUAUCAUGUGUAUAAGCUAAGCACACAUUCGCCAUAUUAAAUUUCGAAAUUAUCCAUUUCUGUUUCAAUGGUUUGUUCAAAUCCCGGCGCAAAGCGCGGGCAAAGAAAGCUAGUCAGAAUAAAAGGAGUAGAGAAGCAAUUCUUCUGACAGUUGAAAUCUUAGCAAUCGAUUUUUUUUAUUUAAAUUUUUUUUUGUGUGAAAACUGAAAAUGGAUGGAAGCCCUAGUUGUUUUCAGAGAUGAGUUUUUUUAUUUUUUUUAUUUUUAUAAAUGUGAGAAUUGCAUUAAAAAUGAAAACUGUACACAGAAGAAAAAGGGAGUCCAAAAGGAAAGCACAAGGAGUGCUAAAACCAAAACACAAAAGAGAAAAGGAACAAAAACACCAGAACAAACCAAUAGGAAGGAAGGGGUCGAAGGUGCUAGGCAAAUCAGAAAACCCCUGGACCUAGCUCCUAUAGUCCCUAGAAGCCCAAAAUCACAAUACAUGGAAGGGCACUAGUGCUGAAACUAGGAGCCCACGGGAGCAGGCGAUCAGACACGCGAACCAACAGCACGGAAGUAGGCGAGACCCGCACUGAAUCCUGCAGAGAAAGAGAGUGAGAAUCUGCUACCCCACCCUAAUGAAAAAACAGACGAAAUCUAGAGCAAAGGUAGUCUGCUGUCAAUUUUCCUGUGAGCCACAAUCCAGUCAACCAUAUCUCUGACUGCUUUCCUUGCUCUUCCAGUAGGAUUUGUCUUGGUCCCUUUGAAGAUCUGUGCAUUCCUUUCCAGCCAAAUUCUCCAAAAUAUAGCAUGUAGCGCGCAAUAAGUGAUCCAAUCUUUGUAUUUCUCCUGGAACGGUUGAACUCCAACUGCAGAUCAGGCUGAAGACAUCAGCUUGCAAAUUUUUUCAUGCUAUUAUAGAAUUUUAAAAUCUCAAAUAAUAAAAAUAUGAUGUGAUU